UUUAUAGUUGGACUAUUACUGUGGAUAUUUUGCCCCUCUUUCCCCCCAUCGAAGUCUGCCUUAUCCUGUGGGCAAUUUAGCGGGGUAAAACAGGAAGAAAGCCAAGAGUGAGAAUGGCACGGAGUGCCGAGCUCGCUAUUUUUCUGGCCGCGCUGGUGGCGUUUUCAACCACUAAUGCGGCUAUGAACAAAUACCUCAGUUAUGAUGACAUAACCUAUGAUCCAUCGCUACCCUACUUUGGCGCCAACAACAAGUGCAAGAAUCCCGCCGUGCCAAAGAAUGGGAGGGUUCAGUGUCAUCUGACUGAAGAUACCAUAACGUGCGUAGCCAACUGCAAGGACGGGUACCAGUUCGAGUCGAACCUGGAGAGCGUCCAGUACUCCUGCGUCAACGACGUGGGCGUCUGGAGCCCUGCCGACGAGUUCCCCAACUGCGUCCCGACUUGCUACUCUGGCUGCGCCAAUGGAGGGACAUGCGUGGCGCCAAACGUGUGCGCAUGCCCACCGGAGUUCACCGGGGCUCAGUGUGAACAGAGUACGUAUACGUUAAGAUCUUUAUAG